AUGCCUUGUGGCUUUGCUACAGGAUCGUAUCUUCAGAUUGAGACAUGGGAAGACGCUGAAGAUGAUUACUUGGCUAGCUUAGUAUCUCACCAUAUGCUUUUAAACAGUGAAGAGGAGGAAAACCAGAUAUGGUGUCCGAUAUGCAAGCAAGGAGAGCUUAUGGAGAAUCAGCGAAACAUCCAUUGCAACAUGUGUGAAAUGCAGCUGAACAAAGGCGAUGAGGUUAAUCUUAAGAUUCUGCAAGAACGGUUAGCGGAAGCAAACGCUGAACAUCUGGAGAGAGGAUGCAGAUUGAAACCCAAGUUCAGUGUUCAGAGUCAGUAUAAUUUAAAGGCGUUGUACAUAACAUGCGAUGCUUGUAAUACCUUUGAGGUCGUUGUAUAA